GAUAAAACCAAGUAUUCAAUUUUAAUGUAAUUUCGAAGAUGCUGAUUUCGUAAAGAUACGGGCCUCAUGAGUGUUGUUCCUGAACGACAAGAAACACGUACAUUUUGAUUGCCGCUAUUUCCUUUCUGUGGUCCUGUGUAAGCCGAAAUGAACUUUUUAUCCAAAUACAAUUACACCUAACUUUAAGGUUUCGCAGGCAAAUAUGACCACAACAUCGAUGUCUUCUGAUUCUUUGUCUUCCAACUAUUUGUCGAAUUAUUCCUCGACGUCCUUUCAUAGCUUUGCUCGGCGACACUCCAUUUACGGCACAGAAGAUAGAGUCGUUCUAGACAUUGGAUCGCUAUACAUUAAAUGUGGAUUUUCAGGUGAAUCUGUACCAAGACAUUUAGUCCCGACUUGGUCCAAUCUAGGUCGAACAAGAAACCAUGAUGGAGAGAUCACGAGAGUUGAUCAAGAGGUAAUAAAGAACGAAAGACUCGGUGAACUUAUGAUAUAGUAACUAAUUGCUUUAAGCACAGUUCGGUGACUUAUACAGUUUG